GGGAAGUUGAUCACUGUUGCUGUUGUCACAUAAGAAGCCUGGCGCUUUAAACAUCACAGCAAUGAUGGAAGAAACAGAGACACGGAAUAACAUGAGCCAUGUGAAACUGUUAGAGAUACAUUUCGAAAAUGAGCUCGCACAGACUCCCAUUAAAAUUCAUGAGGAAGAAGGAAACCAUGGGGACAGCAUAGGCCUAGGUCCACUCUAUGAUGGAUUUCAGAAGCGUGCCACUGGUUGUGGGAUGAACACCGAUAGUGAUCCAGUUGUGGACAUCAGAUGUCUGAAGAGAAAGCAGCAGACAGAAGUGCACCCCAGCCCACUGGAGAGGUUCCGGCGGCGGCAUCUUAGUGUUACACUAUUGUGCGAGCAGUCUUGGUGUGAGAUGAAGGUGUAUUUUGGACUUUUGAGACCACUGGUGAAACUAAAAGAGAUGAAGAAACCAGAGGUUAAGGCUGGAUCCACCAUACAUUUGACAAGACAGCUGGAAGUUCAUGACAUUGUUCCAAUCCAAGUCCAGUCAAGAGAAGAUUCUGAAGCCAUCAAACUUCUCAAUGCGAUGCGCAUGGUGUCAUUGUUACAGCAAGGGCAGUGUGUACGGGAGUUUCCAGUGUAUGGGGUUCUAGAGGGAGUGUUUCUCAUGGGCGUCAUGGAUGAACUGAGCUACAAUAAGGAAGGAGAACUUGUCCUUAGCGAGCUCAAAACACGUAAGGACAUGUCUCUCCCUGGCAAGGCUCAAGCCAAAGGUCAUCAUCUCCAGGUGGGACUGUAUAAACUUUUGUUUCAUGGCAUGGUCAAUGGGACAUUGAAAAGAAGCGACAUAAUCAGACACCUCAAACUUCAACCAAAACAAGUUCUGGGAACAGGGGUCCUGAACUACGCCGGGUCCAUGGGCAUUGAGGAAGGCAUCUUUGGGGGCUUGGUCGACGUGGUGCUAAAAACGGUAGCCUCAGCUAAAGUCAGUGACAUCCAACAUUUGAGGCUGGAGUAUAUCCACCAGGAGUCCGGCAUGACCAUAGACACCAGAGAUGUGGAGUGUGACGAGGCUGUUUUGAGGGGAGAACUCCGGGAUUAUUUGGCCUACUGGACUGGUCAAAGGGAACCCAGGGGAGUGGACAUAGAGGAGGCUUGGAAGUGCAAGCUGUGUCCUUUUGAAAAGAGUUGCCGCUGGGGAAAGGACGACGCUGAAGCCGGUGUCAGUGUUGAUCCAGGCAAGAAACCGAAGUGAUGGUCACAUAUGUUGGACAUUGCUCUAAUCUAAUGUCAUCAUGUCAUCAGACAAACUUUAUUUAUUUAUUUUAAUUAGUACAUUAUUUUGCAUAAUUCGUUUGCAUGUUUAAUCAUGUUGCAAACAACAUUUGUAAGAUUUUUAUUCUCUGGAGAGAAUAUGUAUUGGACCAGCUGCGAGUAAAGCAGUGGAACAUGUAGAAUCAAAGAUCCUUAAGGCGGAGCAAGAUACUUCAUCGUAGUUCAUGUCUAUGGGUGCAAAACGGGGAUCACUUCCUCUGCUGAAGGGGUGUGUCAUUAACCUGACUCUCGCCAGAUCCUUGUAGUUCGCUGAGCUUCACACAAGGAUCUGGGACUUCUAGAUAGGAAACAUAUUUAUGAAGGCGGGGCCUUGUAAAACAUCCUUGCAUGUGAUUUGAUAAACCACUUGUCCGUUAUCUUGAAUGACGUGCUAGGCUACUUCAAGUUCUUGCCAAACCCGGUCGGAAGAAGAGUGAAAACAUCCUUGCCACCAAUAAAUGUCUUCAAAACCAUUCACUGUUCAUCUUUUAAAGAAUGAACACUCGAUAGAUUCGACAAAACGGUUGAAAUAGCAGAAUCAAUGUCAGCACAAGACUCCUCGCUGCGUGCCGCCAUUGUUGUUUGAAUCGAACACUCGCUUCGGCGCUCCUGAUUGGUUCAUCAUUUUUUUGUUCCCUGGAAGGAGUUUGGAUUGCCCUUGAGCCCAGACCCUUGUGUGGAGCUCAGCGAAACGCCUCUGGUGGAGCGUGGCGGAACUACAAGGGUCUGGCGAGAGUCAGGUUAGUGUGUCAUGCCCAUAGACUUCAAUGGAACAGCUCUGCAUAAAGGGGGAUUUUGCCCCCCCCCCUCUUGCGAUUCGGGUUCCAGGAAGUGGCUUCUCAUGAAGUAUCUUGCUCCGCCCUUAAUGAUCUUUGGUAGAAUCUACCUGGCCAGUGGCUUUAGGUGGCCUAUGUUCACUGCACACAUACAAACAGCAAAAUACACAGUUUUGUCAUUGCUCUUACUGUAUUUAAUCAUCAUUGUUGUUUAAGAUAUUUGAAAAUGUAUUAAUGAUUGUGUAUGAUGAUAUCAUUAAGUUAUUUUAACUUAUUUAACUAAUGUGUUUGAAUCUUUAUAAUGUAUUAAUCCAAAAGGGUGGUUACACUUCUGUGUGGUGUGUCAAAUAAAUAUAGUGACAGUAACAUGGUGUUGUUGCUGUGAUUUAUGUAUCAAUGUGGUUGGUUUACC